AUGAAUAACCCUCAAAAUAUGCUUAACAAGCUAAUAAAGAAUUUGGAUUAAAUUAUCGAAUAAAUUGAUAAUCACUUUAAAGGGAUAGUUUACUAACAUGCUUAAGCGACAAUAUUAAUUUAAGAAUUCAAUUAAGAAUUAGGAGAAAAGGCAUGGAAAAUUUAAUUUUGGGAUUUGAUAAAAGAAUUGAAUAAAUGGAUUUAAGAAGGCAAAGAAUUUAUCUUGAAAUUAGAUUCAAUAAAUUUACCGAAAAUUUAGUAGUAAAAUUUAAUUGAAUAAUCUAUUAAUUUAUCAUAGAGUUCUAAUUAAAGGUUAUUACAAUCAGAUGCGCCGAAAUUGCUUGAUUAAUUUAUUGAAAAUUUAGAUUUUCUAUCUGCGACUAUGUAAAUUGAUUUAGACUAUGUAAAUUAUCCUGAAAGUUAAGAAGCUUUUUAAAAAGAGUAUAAUGUAUAAAAACUAGAUAAUCAAAAUAAAUGCGCAUUGAUUCAAGGAUAUUAAAGAGUAAGAGGAGAUGGAAAUUGUUUUUACACUUCAUUUUUCUAUUAAUACUUAAAAAUUUUGAUUUAAAGUAAAAACAAAAGUUUGUUAGAUGAUUUUAUUAAAAAGACUAAUGAAUUAAGCUUAAUCUUAUUUUUUAAUGAACAAUCUUUAAUAAAACAUUUCUUAGAACUGUAAAUAAAGUAGUAUUUUUUAAAAAUAAUAAAUGAGCUAUUAUAAAACCCUAGCAAAAUAAUUUUCUAUUUUUCUAAAAGUAAUAAAGUUUUUUAUACUUGUGCUAUAAUAAUAUUUCGUAAUUAUGUCCAUGAGAUUUAUUAAUAAAAUUAAGUGAUGUUAUCUAAUUUCCUUCUUGAAGACCUUUAUAAUGAAAUCAUAACAUGGUAACAAGAAUGUAAUACAAAUUAAGCAAUAAUAUAGAUUCUUUGUCAAGAAUUAAAUCUGUAAAGUUUUCAUUAAAUGUAGUUAGGUGAAUUUAUAUUUUUUUAAUCAUAAUAGCGUUGAUAUUUAGAUAUAUAAUCAAUAAGGGAAUUUAAAUUAGAUAAAUCUUCUUUUUAGACCAGGACACUAUUAAAUAGCAAUUUGUGAUUAUUAAAAUUAUAAUUAUUGA